AUCUGUGUGUGUGUCUAUGUGUGUGUGUGUGUGCGUGCGUACUGUGCUUGUCUCUGUGUGCUGCUUUGCAUAGCUCCGGGCGGGGGCUCACUAUCUGUCAUCGCUACUCCCCUCCCCAGGCCUUCACUCUCAUUCUUGUCCGCAGUUUUGCUUUUUGCGUCCGUUUGUGUUUCCCGACGCCCCUCCCCUCCGGCUCUGACCCACCUCCAGCUCCGAUCGUCUUUACUUUACGUACAAAGAAGCCUAUCCCGUAUUUGCCAGCCAGUUACUGAGUGAGCAUUUCCCCCUUCAGAGGCUUGCGGAGAGCUGGGAUUGACAGGAGCUACUGUAGUGCGGUUUAUGUCCUGCGUCUGAUCUGCAUGGUAUUGGCACCGAAGUCGCUGUAAGGCUGCGAGGCGGAGCUGGGAUCCAGGAUGGCGGAAAACAAGAACUCGCUCCAGUACCGACGCUCGCUGACGGUCGAGCCCAAGACCAGCAACCAGUUCAACCAGUUCCUCCCCAGCAAGGACAAGUCAUCGGGCUACGUUCCAGCGCCACUGAGAAAGAAACGCAUUGAACAAAAUGAAGAGAACCGGAGGAGUUGGGGAGAUGCUCUGGAUUCCGUAGAGGAGAAGCCAUUCUCCAGGAGCAAGUCCUUGAGUGACAUUGUUGAGGACCCCGUCAUUUUGCGGCAGGUCAGCAUUGAAGCGCUGCAGGAGAUGCGCGGCAAGAUCAAGGAGAACGAGGACAAGUGGCAAGAUGAUCUGACUAAAUGGAAGAACCGACGCAGAAGUGUCAAUUCUGACAUCGUAAAGAAGAAGGAGGAGCGCGAGCAGAUUGAGCAACUCACCAGUGGGCAGGGCACCAGAACUUACAAGACCUUCAAUGAGAUGCAGGAGGAGAGAGAGAGCAGAAGACUGGGUGACGAUAGCAGUGACCAGUAUCCCAAACUCAGGAAUCCUCUGGCCCGCAGUUACACUGUGGACAGUUCCUACGCCCCUGCAAACAUUUUUACACCCCAGUCUGUGCCUGACGUACAGAAAUGGGCUAGCCACUCCUCAGGAAGUCCCAGUGCCCUCUUGGGGAGUUCCGACGCCCCAGUUGGGCAGGAGGAAAGCAGACAUGAUCCAGCGAAGUCCUUGGAGUUUCCAAAGUCAUCUGUCCCUGUGCGUCUGUCCUCUGCCCAGGAAGAGAAGCUCACUGGAGGAAUACCGAAGAGAGCUAAUCCCACUAAGUUGUCCCCUUCCCCGUUUUCCGCCUGGGCCGACCCCAGCACCAUCAAGAAUACCAACCCUGACCAUUCCAGCUGGAACAACGGCUCAUUUGAAGAGAAGAGCAAUGAAAGCAAGUCUGACUCAUGCGCUGACAAGCCGACAGAAGUACGGAACAGUUACUACAAAGACAGUUCGACAGAGAGAAAAGCGGGGGUCUCCCAGGUCACUGCCUCCCUCCCCAGGAGCUACCAGCGAUCCGACAGCCUACGGAUCACGUCUGUAGUUGCACCCAGGCCUUUUGGGAGCCAGUCCAGCAAAGUUUCCUCCAUGCCAAGAUCCUACACUAUGGACGAUUCAUACAGAUUCCCUAAUGGGGAGAGAGUCCAGAAAUCAUCCGGACUCAACCAGCAUACUCCAGUGAUGGUACCUGAAGACGAGGCUCACUCACAGUCCAGUGAUAAUGAAGAAGUGGAAAACGACGAGGAAGAGGACAGUGUUGACAGUGUCCAGCAGACUGCCAGUGAUUUUAACCGGGCUAAAGUGACGACUCCACCCAAGGAUAUCUCAGAGAGCAGCUUUUCACAGGAGCAAUACAGCGAGAUGCGAAUCAGCCUGAACCAGAGACCCAACAGCAGCCGUGACUUUGGCUUCCAGACUGACUGGGACUCCACUGGGGUGCAUGUGAGAGGCAUUCAGCCUGGCAGCCCUGCAGAAAUGUGCCACCUGCAGGCAGGUGAUGAGAUCCUGACAGUGAACAUGCAGCCAGUGUCCAACAUGAGCUACUUGCAGUGGAAGGCCAGCAUGGAGAAAGCCAUACAGCAGGGGAGUCUAGUCAUCGACAUCCGGCGUCAUGGCAACAAUAACUGGGACAGAGACCUGCCUUCUCUGCCAUUUAAAACCCAUAAAACCAUCAAUCUGACCAGUAUGGAUGCAGCACUUAUUGAUCCUUCAGAAACGUCCAUCAAAACUGCAGAUGUCAGCAGUAAGCCUAUAAAUGACAUGUCGUCUAAGGGAUUGAAUGGUGGUUUCCGAGAUGAGUCGCUGAGUAGGACAAGCAAAGAAUUCGAUCCCAUCUCUGUGAAAAACUCAAAAAGGAGAUCAGAGUUUUUUGAGAAUCAAGGUGGUGCAGAAUCUGCAAUAUCAGAUCUGCCGGUUCCUCCUCUUCGCACCUCCUCCAACCGCUGGGCCUGGAACCUCGAGGAAGAACAGCAGCGGCAGGAAAAGUGGCAGAGAGAGCAGGAGCGCCAGCUGCAGGAAAAAUAUAAGCAAGACCAGAAGAAGCUUCAGGAAGAGUGGCAGCGUGCCCAGCUGGAAGCAGUGGAAACAGACUCUACGCAUUACGCAGAGGAGAAAGUGAACCGCCGGUCAGAGGAAGAAGUGCAGAAGGCUCAGAGGCAGAAGAGGGAGCAGGAGGAGAAACAGAGGCAGGAGGCCGAACAGAAAAGAAAGGAGGAGGAAGCACUGAGGAGGCAGAGGCAGCGGGAAGAGGAGGAACAGAGGCAGGAGGCCGAACGAAAAAGGAGGGAAGAGGAAGCUCUAAGGAGGCAGAGGCAGCAGGAGGAAGAACAGAAAAGAAAGGAGGAGGAAGCACUGAGGAGGCAGAGGCAGCAGGAGGAGCAACAGAGGCAGGAGGCCGAACGAAAACGGAGGGAAGAGGAAGUUCUAAGGAGGCAGAGGCAGCGGGAAGAGGAGGAACAGCAGCGGCUCCAGGAACAAAACCAGUUCAGUGAGUUUUCCAGCAGGAACCCUCAGAUCUCUUACUCACUCAGGGAAAAGUCCAAAUCUACUCCAGAGCUUGAUGAAAUAGACAAGCCAGACAGAAGAGUCGGCGACACCCCGAGCGAGGCCGUGUGGAGCAGAAGCUCUCAGAGGAGCAAGGAUUCUCUGUCUAAAGCUGACCUCGAGCGCCAGCAGAUCCUGCAGCAGAUGAGGAAGACGACUCAACUCAACACGGACAACAGCUGGAUCCGUCAGCGCAGCAGCUCCGUGCAGAAAGAGCCGCUUAUCCUGGCGGAGCCCAUCAGGAGCAACCCACAAUCUGCACCCUUACAACGAGGCUACACGCUCCCCGCUUACUCCACUGGCUUGCUGAGGGAUACCUCCUCCGGCGCUCUCACUCCACCUGCUGGCCGCAGUGAUGAUCCGACCCCCGACUCUCGCCCCCCUCCGCAGCCGCUGAGCAGGUUAGUCAGCGGAAGGAAAACCUGCACAUUUUGUGAAAACCCGCUGGGCAAAGGAGCAGCCAUGAUCAUCGAGUCCCUGGGGCUCUGCUACCAUUUGAGUUGUUUUAAGUGCAUUCAAUGCAGAACCGACCUCGGCGGAUCGGAGAUCGGAACUGAAGUCAGAAUAAGAAACAAACGUCUCUAUUGUAAUUCCUGCUAUAAUCAAAUAAUGAAUGAGAACCAGCUUUCCUAACACACACACACACACACACACACACACACACACACUGACACAUACAUCCAUCAAGUGGAAAGGGUGCCAUGGGCGAUUCUGUGCUACAUUGCUACAUUAUAUCAUUAUUUCAAUUCAUUUAUAUUGUCAAUGUACUGUACAUAUACCCAGCAGGUAGGUGUAAGGCUUUAACUAAAUACUUUAAUCCAACAGGAUUCCGAAAUGCGUCUUGUGUGGGAAUUUUGGUGUUUUGGGGAUCAGGCCUGUAGAAUUACACUACAGAUACAACCAGCUCCAGUUGAUAAUUGAUAGCGAGUGAUUUAUUUAAACCUCAAAUCACUGCACACAAGAUAAGGUGGUGUGGCUAUACAUAAUUAUAUUCCGACUGGUUGCUUGUGUUAGAUUUAAGAGCAGUGAAACUUCAAACUGGGUAUAUCUUCUUCAGUCUUACAUUUGAAUAAAUCUGUUUUCAUAUAUUCGAUCUGGACUACAUGCAAAAUAUGAGUUUAUUCAUUUUUAUAGGUCUACAUGAAACAAAAGUCACCCGUUCACACAUCAAACAAAAAACUGCAUUGUUCUGCAACAUUGUAUCUUCCUUUACUUCUACAGAAGCUACAAAAAGACAUUUAUAUGGCUUUAAGCACAGGUGUAGUGAGCAAUAAGUAAAUUAAUAUAUAGUUUAUCAUUUUUCAAGCUAUGACGCUUAUAUGAUUUUUACGAAAGUUACAGAGCUUCUUUUACUGUGGAUUAAAGGGGUGAUGUCUUUCUAUCAAAGGAUGAGACGCUUAAGGUCUAAGGCAUACCGGGAUUGUAUCUAGAUUUUCUCUGAAACAACAUAUGAAUAAUAACUUAUGUGAAAGCAGUCUGAACACCAUAUUGCAGAGUAGCAAUGCUGGUUAUUGAGGCGUUAAAACAUGUAGUUUUAUAUUUUUAUCUGCCCAGGGUUUCUUAUUUUUGUUUUGUUAUCUAUUUUUUGCUAUAUAAAUAAAACAAAAAACUGCCUUCUUCUUUGGGUUGGUGAAAGAAAACAAUAAAUAAGACGAUGCAUAUAAAACUGGCAUUAAUGUUAUUUCUAAAUGUUUUUUUGUUUUCCCUGUGUUAUUGAGUAAUGUAAUUAUAAUAUAAUUAAACAUGAACUAAACGUUUGUAAAUAAAAUCGCCAUUUCUGAA